UCCCAACUUCCCAUAAUGCUUCACUGUGAUUGCCAGGCUGAGAGCUGACAAAUGCUGUUCUUGAAAUGUUGCGCAGUUUACGCGUGUUCGGGAAAGUGCAGGGAUAUUUGAUCCUGUUUACUGACACAAAUCUAGUUCGGGGUUUUAGGGUACAAGAGUUAGAUUGGCUCUUGACCAAGAUGCUGGGUGGGACUCACUGUUGAAUUGGACGUUUGUAAAAGCCCCACACUCCUUCCUGUUUGGUUGCUAUGGAGCAACCGCUGGGGGGCUCUGAUGAUUUAGAGCCACAGGGCCUCUCCUCCACCCGCGGCCUUCCCGCUGUGAUGGACCUGACCAGAAAAGGUGAGGAAUGCCUCUUGAAAGCCAACUCCAUGGACGUCCUACAGGUGGUCAAGCCUCCCAGCUGGUACCCAAACUUCCCUGAGACUGACCACGACCACAGGCUUCAACCAGUAGACCAGAUCCAGCCAGACAAUCCCUUCUCCAACACCACAGUCACUCUCUCAUAUGUGAGCCGGUCUCAUGUCUUCUCCCAGCAUCCCUCUCUCUCCCAGCAUCCCUCUCUCUCCCAGCAUCCCUCUCUCUCCCAGCAUCCCUCUCUCUCCCAGCAUCCCUCUCUCUCCCAGCAUCCCUCUCUCUCCCAGCAUCCCUCUCUCUCCCAGCAUUCCUCUCUCUCCCAGCAUUCCUCUCUCUACGGUGUCCCGUCGAUCAGCAGGUUCUCAACAAUGGAUGGCUACCUGCAGCAGGUGGACAGGCCUCUGGGCUUCGCACCUCGGUCGGAAAUGUUUGACUCUAUCCCUCCAGCCCAGGUGGUGGGUGAGAAUGUCGCAGGGGUGUGUCUGAUGCAGCAGUCUCAUGAAAUCAAUGGCCAUCGAGUUGCCAGUAACGGAGGAGUGGAGAAAUACAAGCCUCAACAGAGAGGGAUUUCAAUGAAACGCACUCUUUCUCAGGACACAGUCAACAAAGGAUUGCAGAAUGGCCAGGGUAGUAGCAGCUGGUCCAACUCUGCCAUCUGUAUCGAUUCCUCCCCAGAGUCUCUCACUACAGACAUGGAGGAUGGUCAGAGGGCUUCAGAGGUUCUCUUUCUCAUCUCUAGAACAGAGGAGCCAGUCCUGAUGCAGGACAGCAGGAGUCCCAGGGACCUGUGUUCUCCGAAUAGGGACUAUAUCAGUCCUCUGGAGGACCCGGUCUCUCCCUCUGUCUCACUGGACGACGUAGAGGAUGGGCUCAUUCUGCCUCAGCCCUCCUGCUCACCCUGUGCAUACAAUUAUUCACCAGACGACACGGCUGAUACCUGCUGGGAUGAGCUGGGGAAAGGAGGACCUGAGCUGUCCGUAGUACAGGGGACAAGGUCUAAUAGUGAGAAUACACCAAGGUUAGAUUACAGCAAGGACUUCCAGCAGCCAGGACAUAAACCCAAGGCAGCUUCGGAGCCUAUUGUUGAUUUGACAGAAGACGAGAUCACUGUGCCAGAGGUUUCAGAAAAGAAACCCAAGCAGACAGCUGCUACUCACCUGAAUGGUAAUGUCAAGGUAGAGCAGAGGACUUCUGAGAGGAAACAACUUCCCCCUCGCUCUGGCAGGGGAACCAGGCUAGAGGCCAUAGUGAUGAAUAUAAACCCUAACUGGUAUAAAGUAUCUACUAAGAAGCCCAAGUCUCAGACGAAUCCCCUGACCCAGAGCAGUCCAUCUAAAGCAGGUGUUAGUCCUAACGAACAGACCUCGUUUGUAGUGAAGAAGACGGUCCAGAAUAAAGUAGAGUCUAGCUGUGAGGAAGAGACUAAAGUACAGGCGGCAGCCUCACUGACCAGUCAUAUGGAUAACAUUUACACAAACACAGGCCGUUGCAUAGAGUCUACCUCAGAUUCGGAAAAUGCCUGUUUUUCGAAAUACCCACACAACCACCGCACAUCUCCGAUAACCUCCAGUCUGCCCUUUGCUCCAGACAAAGAUUUAGAGAAGGAGACGGAACACGGAGAGUCAGGUCCCGAGCCCUCCUCUGAGGUGGAUUUACUGACUGUAUCGCCGUCACUUAAAACAUCUCCAAAGAAACCCGGGAAGCAUAAAGCUGAAACUACAAGCAGCGAAGCAGCUGCUCUAACAGCCAAAACAAGGAAGGCGACCCCUGCUCCCAAGAAGAAAAGGAAGAAACCCAGACUGGAUCAGUCCUCAAUAUUCUCCCCUCGGGAGCCUGAGAUCAAACUGAAAUACAUCAACUACAAGGAGGAGAAGAGGGACAUGAGGGUGGACACGUUCUCUCCUUUCAUCCACAUAGAGCAUAAGCCCUCCUCCACCUCCCCCGCCAACUGUACUGUCAUCAACUACCCAGAGGAGGAGAAGCCCAGGCAGAAUGGCCAGGGGCAACAGCAGGCUGGAAGUUCAGGAUCCAGGGGUUUCAUCCCAGGGGCUGUACCCUCCACUUCCUGCCUCCAGCUGGGCCGCAUCUCUACCCACAGCCAGCACCACAGCUCCCUGGUUUGCUGUCUGUGUGGAGGCUCGGCUAACGCCAUGGACCUUGGGGACCUCCACGGGCCAUACUACCCUGAGGGAUACAGACCCAGCACUGAAGCCCCAGCUAGCAAACCAGGCCUCAAAGAAGAAGAAGAGGAUCUCAGUGACUCUGACUCAUCCUGCAGCGUGAGAGGCCGGGGUAGAAAGUGUGCUCGGCCCCCGGGGGUCCCCUGGCCCCACAAACCUGACCCCCGGCUGAAACGGGAGGGCCUGCUGGGGAGGUGGACCAGUGACAGCGACCCCUCAGGCAGCCCUGGAGCUAAGAGGGGCAGGAUUGAGGCUGGGACUUCGGUAACAUCUGGGUCCAGGGCUGCAGUGGAUGACUGGUACGUUCCCCCGGUGGUGCCUCUGGACCAGUGUGAGUACUGGCUCCACGAGGACUGCAGCAUCUGGUCUGCAGGUGUGUUCCUGGUGAAGGGAAGGGUCUACGGCCUGGAAGAGGCAGUCAAGGUGGCUCAGGAGACGACGUGUUCUCGCUGCCAUAACCCAGGUGCCACGUUGGGCUGCUUCAUCAAAGGAUGCCCCAACAAGUAUCACUACAGGUGUUCUCUACAGUCAGACUGUGUCCUCAAUGAAGAGAACUUCUCCAUGAAAUGCACUAAACACAAGAACAAGUCGUUCCAGGGCCUUCCUGGGAGCAGAAGAGACAACCAGUGCCACAACCAGAAGACAGACUUGAUUACACAUGACAUCGUUCAUCUGUGGCGUAACCCGGUAACUGUGGCAACGCUGUAACUGUCCUCUGGAUUGACAGCUGGGCUGGGGGCGGAAUGCAAACACCCACAAACCUUUAAAAACUGGCUUUCUGCACCUCUAAUACCUUUCCUGUUAUCUUCACCACAUAAAGCACUGUGAAGACUAAGCAGGAGACCAAGGCUGUCCUAAUGUUCUGCCACCUCUCCUGGUUCUGGACUGACUGCCAACGGUGGGUAGUAGAUGGGCCAAUGACAGAACAGAACAGAAGAGUUAGGAGCAGGGCCCAAUACCAAUGUCACCAUUUGAUUGAAGAUAGCACUUGUUUGGCUUAUAGCUUAUAGCUUAUGGCUAAACAUGUGCUAUCGCUUUAAUUAUUUAUUAAGGGAAAAAGGAUUCUCUCCCUUUUUUAAAAAAUUGAAAUGUUGAUAAAAUAAUUUGAGAUAUUUAAUUUUAUAAAGCUUUUUAAAGUAUGUAAUUUAUAUUUGGCUUAUUUAUUUUUGGGGUAUCUUGUGGCAUUAGUUUUUUUACUUUGCAAUUGACCCAGAGGUGUGUUUGUAUGCAUCAAAGUUAUGAGUAAAAACCUCAAUGCUAAAGACUGCACUUGGUAGAGGAGCUGGUGGUCGUAUAGCGGUGGUGUGGAGACUGGUGCAGAAUGGUCUAGUUAUUCAGCUCGACCACAAGUUUAUCGACAGAACCAUAUCUGAUUACAAUACAGGUACCUGAGAUCUAUUCAUAAAGACCAUACUUUACUACAAGGGAUGAAAAAUAAUGCCAGAUUCAUCUGAUUUUAGUUACGAGGGUGUGAUGAGCCAAUUUCAACAGAUUUUACUUGCUCUUUUUUUUCCUUCUCGUUUGAUGGUGAUAUAAAUAAUUGAGGGUUAACUGUUUCUUACCUGUAUCGUAUAUUCAUUUUGUGAAUGUACUUCCUCUACUGAGGGAUGUUGCUGAAAGCACUUUGGAGUGGCACUUUAACGUACGGAACUGUUAAAUCAUAUAGAGUUAAGGCAUGUAUGCAUAACCCUCACCAAAGUGGACUCACCCUGGCCUGUAGCAUCUAAUCCACGACUCGCCCCAACAUACAGUGCAUUCAGGAAGUAUUCAGACCCCUUGACUUUUUUUCCACAUUUUGUUACAUUAUUCUAAAAUUGAUUCUCCAAAAAAUCCCCCUCACCAAUCUACACACAAUACCCCGUAAUGACAAAGCAAAAACAGGUUUUUAGACAUUUUUGCGAAUGUAUUAAAAAUUAACUGAAAUGUUACAUUUACCCACAUCGUGAUGCUACCACCAUGCUUCACCGUAGGGAUGGUGCCAGAUUCCUCCAGAUGUGACACUUGGCAUUCAGGCCAAAUAGUUAAAUCUUGGUUUCAUCAGACCAGAGAAUCUUGUUUCUCAUGGUCUGAGUUUUUAGGUGCCUUUUGGUAAACUCCAAGCGGGCUGUCAUGUGCUGCAGAGAUGGUUGUCCUUCUGGAUAGCCCUCCCAUCUCUACAGAGGAACUCUGGAGCUCUGUCAGUGACCAUCAGGUUUUUGGUCACCUCCCUGACCAAAGCCCUUCUCCCCUGAUUGCUCAGUUUGGCUGGGUGGCCAGCUCUAGGAAGAGUCUUGGUGGUUCCAAACUUCUUCCAUUUAAGAAUGAUGGAGGCCACUGUGUUCUUGGGGACAUUCAAUGCUGCAGACAUUUUUUUUGUUGCCUUUACCCAGAUCUAUACCUCGACACAAUCCUGUCUCGGAGCUCCUCGGACAAUUCCUUUGACCUCAUGGCUUGGUUUAUGCUCUGACAUGCACUGUCAACUGUGGGACCUUACAUAGACAGGUGUGUGUGCCUUUCCAAAUCACAUCCAAUCAAUUGAUUUUACCACAGGUGGACUGGACUCCAAGUUGUAGAAACAUCUGGAGGAUGAUUAAUGGAAACAGGAAGCACCUGAGCUAAAUUGGGUCUCAUAGCAAAGGGUUUGAAUACGUGUGUAAAAAAGGUAUUUCUGUUUUGAAUUUUUAAUGUGUUUUGUAAACAUUUCUAAAAACCUGUUUCUUUGUCAUAAUGGGUUAUUGUGUAUAGAUUGAGAAUUAUUUAUGAAAUUUUAGAAUAAGGAUGUAACGUGGAUAAAGUCAAGGGGUCUGAAUACUUUCUAAAUGGACUGUAGUCGUUAGUAUCAUCAGUACAGAGAGCUUGUUUCAUUUCAUUGACACCAUGGCUCUAUCUCGCUGAUGCAGCUGUCAGAGACUAAAGUGAUUGGUCCACACAUCUUCAUUACCAGUCAUGUGCUCUGAACUUUCCUCGGCUGUUUUUACUGGGACUCAUUACAUUUUAGUUUCUUUAUUUUCUUGAAUUACAUUUACAAAGAUGGUAGUUCAAGCCAACACUUCCAUUACCCACAAUACCUUACACAUGCAUCAUAUGUUAAACAAGGGCACUUUUUAAAAAAUGUUGUUUUUAUGUACAUCAAUUGAUGUAAACUGACUUGAUUUUAGAUCAGCUCUACGUCUGUAGAAUUCCACUAAGUGUAGACCCGCAGCGCUACGGUCAGUCUCUAGUUUCUAACCGUCUACCACAUGUUUGGGUUUACAUGAUCCUUUACCGGGUAGCAGUUGAUUUUGGUUAGCAUGGUCCUGUUCAACCUCCUUUUCAUCUGUCUGGCUGAAGUCCUCUCUCUCUCUCUCUCUCUCUCACCUGUUCUCUUAUAAACUACUCUGUCUUUCGCCUCACCAGCUUUGGUGCAGGGACAAAUCAGUCAGUGUUCAUGAUGUUGUCUUCUGUUGCAUCAACACAACUAACCAGGGCAGCUACCCUGCUCCUUCUGCUGUAGAUGUCAACAGCAGGUCUAAUCAGACCUGUACAUUUAGGAGAUGUCACUGUGUGGUCGUCUGGUGGUCGUUGUCUCUGUGCUUUUCCGUUGUGGCAAUAGGGGGCAUUGUGUUUCUGUCCGGGUCCUGUGAAGUCAGUCUGUCUGUGUACAGGGAGCCCAGAACAGCAGUGAUGGGGAAUUUUACAGCAGGCCCACUCCCUGGGAGAGGAUUCCCCACACAAGCAGGAAAUGCACAUGUGUGUUCCAAUAUCCACACUUGUAUAGCACCUGGAAUAAAGCAAUGUAUUGGGUAUGUGUUCUAAGUGGUAUUCUAGUAUAGCUACACAUCAAAAACUAUUCUACCUAGCAACACGGCUGUCUUUUUUUUUCUCUCUCUCUGUUUUUGUUCUCUGUGCUGCAUUUGUUUCCAAUAGUGAGCUAAAUGAUCGCCAGCCACUUUCCUUAAUUGCUGCUGUUGCUGCUUUAAUCAAACCGAUGCGUUGUACCAAAUAUGACUUUUGGACUAUUAUGUUCAUGGUUGUGAAAUGUGUUUUGGUUUGUAAUGUUGUUUCCGUGUCUAAAUCUCAGGGCGGAGUCUCUAAUUAUUCUAAUGAUAUUAUUUAUCACAUAUUGACUGACUGGAGCAAUGUUAAUAUUGAGUUGCAACCCCCCCCCACCCCUAUGUUGACUCCAUUGUGCCCCACUGUUGUGUCAAGUUGACUGGAUGUCCUUUGGCUGGUGGACCGUUAUUGAUAAACGGGAAACUGUUGAGUGUGGAAAACCCAGCGUUGUUGCAGUUCUUGACACAAACCCGGUGCACCUACUGCCACACCCCCGUUCAAAGGCACUUCAAUCUUGCCCAGUCACCCUCUGAAUGGCUCACAAACACAAUUCAUGUCUCUAUAUUGUCUCGAGGCUUUAAAAUCCUUUAACCGGUCUCCUCCCCUUCAUCUACACUGAUUUGAAGUGGAUUUAACACACUGACAUUUUAAGGGAUCAUAGCUUUCACCUGGAUUUACCUGGUCAGUCUGUCAGGGAAAGAGCAGGUGUUCUUAAUGUUUUGUGUACUCAGUGUAAAGUCUACUGGUUAAAAACCUUUUCCCUCUCAGUUCCAAUGCCUUUAUCUGUGUUGUCAACCAAAACACCACUGACUGACGUUUUGACAAGGACUGCCAACGCGAAUGUCACUUCUCAUCUCUCCUUUUAUUUUAAGGCAACAAUACAGAUGCUAUUUUGUACUUUGUGGCUUACCUCAGCGUAACAGAGGUAAAUGUAACUUAAAUAAAUAUUUUGUAAAAACCCCUUU